AUGCAAUCAGAAUUGCCACUAACACCUGAACUGUUGGAGCAGGUUUUUGAUUCUCUAGAUGAAGACAAAAAUGGAUACCUUACCAUGAAGGAAUUCACAGAAGGAUUUGGUAGUUUUGUUGGAAUGAGAUCAUUCGACAGUACAGAAAAACUGAAUAACAAUUCUAUCAAUGAGAAAAUCUAUGGAGAAGAUGAAAAUGAUGAAAUUGAGGAGAGACAUUUCAAUGAGAUGCUAUGUAGUGUUGGUGCUAAAAGUUUAUUUGAUGAUGAGAGCACCAUUAAGGCCCUGUGGAUUCGCAUGCGGAAGGAAGAAGAGCCAGAUGUACUAGAAAAUUUUGAGGACUUCCUCUGUAAGGUUUCUAAAGAAAUCAAAAGAUCACAUGGAGAUUUCAAAACACUGGAAGCAGCCUUGAAAAGCAAAACUUCCUCUUACGAUGAAGAAGUGAAAAGACUUUAUGAAGAAAUGGAAUAUCAAAUCAAGAAAGAAAAAGAUACUAUUAUAAAUAAGGAAAAAGCCAAAGAACGAAUGUUCAGAGAAGAAAUGGAGAAAGAAUUGACAGAAAAAGAUGGUCAACUUCAAGAAUUAAUAAGUAGGCACAAAGAUUUGGAGAAGAAAAUGUCUGAAGUCAAUUUUUCAGAAGCAGAAGCAAAACAAACAAAUGACAGAUUAUUAAGGGAAAAAGAAGAGCUGGAAACAAAGUUAAGGAAAUCUCAAGAAGUUCUAGAAGAACAGAAGUCAUACAUUCAGCAACUGAGGCAACAACAGAAAGAUGAAAAAAGAGAAAGAGCAAAAGUGGCUUUGAAACUUACUGAAGGAAUAGCUAUGGAACGAGAAAGUCUUGUAAAGCAGUUGGAUUUCCUCAGGGAUAUGAACAGAAAAUUACGUGAUGAUAAGGAUGAAGCUGAAGCAAGGCGGGUGGCGCCAGAAACAUUCCCACCACAGGCACUCCCGAAUGUCUUGCGACCGACACUCAACAAGAGAGGUUCCAUCUUGUCGGAUUACUUCAGCCCACACCCAAGAAGGAACUCUCAGAUAGGAAAUUUCCCACAUGAAGAUGAUGAUAUAUAUGAAAUGGAAGAACUGGACUGUACAUAUACUCCUAACAGUAACAAUCACUUCUAUCAUCAAAACUUUAAUCAUAACAACAUUGUCAACAGCAAUAGCAACAACUGUAAACAUCAUGAUUCCACAAACAAACGCAAUGCUUGGAUUAAUCAUAAGCAAGCCAAUAAUUUCAGUUCAUCUAGUACAGCAUCAUCAACAAUCAUGAAUAUGGAGAGAGACUACCAGAAUAAAAGCAAUAAUGACAUUGAAACAAACAAUUAUUUGAACAGUGAACCAUUCCAAUCUUUCAACAGUGCAACAGAAAAAGGAGAAAUGGAAAUAGAUGAUAAUUCAGAAUCAGUAAUUACAGUACAAUCUGCAUACCAAGAUGAAAAUUCUAACAGUCAUCAAUCAGUUGUGAUUCCAGCUGAAGCCAAAACUCCUGAGCGGGUGUUCAAGAUUGUAUUUGUUGGUGAUUCAGGAGUUGGGAAGAGCAGUUUUAUCCAUCGUUUUUGUAAUGAUAAUUUCCAACCAGCUUUCAGUGCAACAAUUGGUGUUGAUUUUCAAGUAAAGUCUAUUGAGGUAGAUGGUCAUGUUUUUGCUCUCCAACUCUGGGACACAGCAGGGCAAGAGAGAUUCCGCAGUAUCACAAAACAAUAUUUUCGUAAAGCAGAUGGCGUAUUGAUAAUGUAUGAUGUUAAUUCUGAGAUUUCAUUGGUCAAUGUCCGCAACUGGAUGUUUAGUGUCAAAGAGUCUGUUGAUGAAAGCACUGUUGUAGUAAUAGUUGGAAAUAAAAUAGAUUUGUGCACAGAUGAAAGUAGGCGAACUGCUCAGUCCAAAAUAGCAUUAAGAAUUGCUGAAGAUAAUGACAGUCUCUUCUAUGAAACAAGUGCCAAGGAUGGAACCAGUGUUAAAGAAGCAAUGUUUGCCAUGGCUUGCAUCCUAAAGGAGAAAGAAGAUGAAGAGUUAGAGAAGGCUGUUGAAUUAAAAGUGGAACCAAAUAAAAAGACAUGUUGUAGCUGA